CACACUGAUUUCUCAGUCUUUACUUGAAAAAAAGAGAGGUGACAUUUCAUUACGACUUUUCUCCUUACUCAUCUUCUAUUUUUCUUGGCUUUGAAUCCCAAUCCUUGUUUUCUCCAUGGAUUGUGUAAGACCCAUCCUGGAUGUCGCCACUCGCUUAUGGGAUAGCGCCGCUAAGCGUCCUGUUUACAUCCGUCAUCUCCCACAAAAUCUCAACUCUUUGAGAACUGAAAUGGAGGAACUCAAGAACCUGUACGAAGAUGUGAAGGAAAGGGUGGAACGUGAAGAGAAACGUCAGAAGAAGCGUCUUCGUGUAGUUGAUGGCUGGCUUCGCGGAGUAGAAGCCAUAGAAAAAGAAGUGGAGGAAAUAUUGGCGAAAGGAGACGAAGAAAUCCAGAAGAAAUGUCUCGGAACCUGUUAUCCUAAAAACUGUGGCGCUAGCUACAAUCUUGGCAAGAUGGUACUUGAAAAGAUGGAUGCUGUGACGGUCAAAAAGACGGAGGGCUCAAAUUUCAGUGUAGUUGCUGAACCUUUGCCUAGUCCUCCCGUGAUGGAGAGGCAGCUUGAAAAGACUGUGGGCCAAGAUUUGUUGUUUGGGAAGGUCUGGAAAUGGCUCCAAGAUGGUGGAGAGCAGGUAAGCAGUAUCGGAUUAUAUGGAAUGGGGGGUGUGGGCAAAACCACCCUCUUGACCAGGAUCAACAAUGAGCUCCUCAAAACCAGGCUUGAAUUUGAUGCAGUGAUUUGGGUGACUGUGUCCAGACCAGCCAAUGUGGAAAAGGUUCAGCGAGUUCUUUUCAAUAAAGUGGAGAUUCCCCAAGAUAAAUGGGAAGGUAGGAGUGAGGAUGAAAGGGCAGAAGAAAUAUUCAAUGUCCUGAAGACAAAGAAAUUUGUGCUUUUGUUAGAUGACAUAUGGGAGCGGCUGGAUCUAUCCAAAGUUGGUAUUCCUCCUCUGAAUCCUCAAGAUAAGUUGAAGAUGGUACUUACAACGCGAUCUAAAGAUGUGUGCCAAGAUAUGGAAGUUACAGAGAGCAUUGAAAUGAAUUGUCUCCCAUGGGAGGAUGCUUUUGCUCUGUUUCAGACCAAGGUGGGAGCAGACACCAUAAAUUCUCAUCCAGAUAUACCAAAGCUGGCGGAGAUGGUUGCCAAAGAGUGUUGCGGCUUACCACUUGCCCUCAUCACCAUAGGGCGAGCAAUGGCGGGAACAAAAACACCCGAAGAAUGGGAGAAAAAAAUACAAAUGUUGAAGAAUUAUCCGGCAAAGUUUCCAGGUAUGGAGAAUCGUCUGUUUUCACGCUUGGCAUUCAGUUAUGAUAGCCUACCCGAUGAAACCAUCAAAUCGUGUUUCCUAUAUUGCUCUUUAUUUCCGGAGGAUUAUGAAAUCUCUCAUCGAAAUAUUAUACAACUUUGGAUUGGGGAGGGUUUUCUGGAUGAAUGUGACAACAUACAAAAAGCAAGAAAUCAAGGCGAAGAAGUUAUUAAAAGUUUACAGCUUGCAUGUCUAUUGGAGAAUGGCAUAUCUCCAUUAGAUGAAAAAGACGAAUAUUUGAAGAUGCAUGAUGUUAUUCGUGAUAUGGCUUUGUGGUUGGCUCACGAAAAUGGGAAGAAGAAGAACAAAUUUGUGGUAAAAGAUGGAGUCGAAUCGAUUAGAGCUCAGGAAGUUGAAAAAUGGAAAGAGACACAGAGGAUAUCAUUGUGGAAUACCGACAUUGAAGAACAUAGGAAACCACCAUAUUUCCCUAAUAUUGAGACCUUUUUGGCAUCAAGUGUGUUUAUUGAGUCAUUUUCAAAUAGAUUCUUUACAAACAUGCCUAUUAUAAGAGUUUUGGACUUGUCAAACAAUUUUAAACUUAUGAAGUUACCUGUGGAGAUUAGAAACUUAGUUACCUUGCAAUAUCUUAAUUUGUCGUGUACAAGUAUUGAAUACUUACCUGUGGAGCUCAAGAACUUGAAAAAAUUAAGGUGCUUGAUAUUGAAUGAUAUGUAUUUUCUUGAGUCACUUCCAUCUCAAAUGGUAUCGAGUCUUUCCUCUUUGCAAUUGUUUAGUAUGUAUAGCACGGAAGGGUCAGCCUUUAAGGGAUAUGAUGAAAGAAGGUUAUUAGAAGAGUUAGAGCAGUUGGAACACAUUGAUGAUAUAUCCAUCGACCUUACAAGUGUAUCAUCCAUCCAAACAUUAUUUAACUCCCACAAGUUGCAAAGAUCCACAAGAUGGCUACAAUUAGUUUGUGAGCGUAUGAACCUGGUCCAACUAUCCCUUUAUAUAGAGACCCUCCAUAUUAAAAAUUGUUUUGAAUUGCAAGAUGUGAAAAUCAAUUUUGAAAAUGAAGUGGUGGUCUACUCAAAAUUCCCAAGGCACCCAUGCUUGAACAACCUUUGUGAUGUCAAAAUAUUUCGAUGUCAUAAAUUGUUGAAUUUGACAUGGCUUAUUUGUGCUCCAAGCCUUCAAUUUCUAAGUGUUGAAUUCUGUGAAUCAAUGGAAAAAGUGAUAGAUGAUGAAAGAAGUGAAGUUUUAGAAAUUGAGGUAGAUCAUUUGGGUGUUUUCUCGAGACUCAUAUCACUCACUUUAACAUGGCUACCAAAGCUAAGAAGUAUAUAUGGACGUGCCCUACCUUUUCCAUCUUUAAGAUACAUCCGUGUGCUUCAAUGUCCAAGUUUGAGGAAGCUGCCAUUUGAUUCCAACACUGGAAUAAGCAAGAAAUUAGAGCAAAUCCGUGGACAAAAAGAAUGGUGGGAUGGUUUGGAUUGGGAGGAUCAAGUGAUUAUGCACAACCUCACUCCAUAUUUUCAACCCACACAAAUUCAAGACGAGAUUUGAGCUCCCAUGGCAUUCAUCUUAUUACAGGUAAAAUCCUUUUUUCUUCCUUUUUUUUUUAUAUAUAUAAUUGUAUUUAAAAAUUUUAAUGUUAUAAACAUGGCCAAGUCCAAAUGUGCAUUGUGAUUGUUUGAGUCUACCUCUCAAGAUAUUAUUUUAUUUCUAUUUGAAAUAUUAUGUUAACUUUUCAUGUAUUUUGAUUAUAUUUAAUUUCUUUCUGGUUUCUCACUCUACACACUUCAUUAGAUUGUUUGGGACUUGGGAGUCGUGGAGCCAUGAGAUUAUGCACAACCACUUGGAAACUAUCCCUUAAUCUCCACGAAAUUCAAAAACCAAAAUGCAAAAGCUCAAAGGAAGACACAACAAUCUUCUCCAAUCCCCACAAGCCUCGAUUAGUGCAUCGCUGGAUCAUGACCAGCCAUUUUCUUCUUUUCCACUGCACACGAGCUUCCAUGUCUACAAACUUGCACUCCAAGCUCUGAUUAUCUUGUCAAAGAAAGCUCGAAUUGGUAGUUUUUCACUUUUUCGAUCCCUUUCCUUUUUUGUGGUUUUGUAGGUGCUCUGUUUGAGAUUUUGGUUGAUUUCAUAAAAGUAGAAGAUGAUAAACUGCUUAUUUGUUGAGAAAAUUAAUGUAAAGAAAAAGAAAAUAAAUUGGAAUUUUUAAAUCAUAGAACUAUGAAAUUGAUUGAAUGGGGCCAUGUGUAUAAG